GGACUUGGGAUAAACAAAUGCCCGUCAUUUUCUCACUCUAAAACCCUUCCCCUCUACUUCCCGCCAUUUCUCUCUCUUUCAAGCUUUCUUCAGUACAAAACUCUCGUUUCUUCUUCUGCUCUGAAUCAUCAUUGAUGUGGCGAUGACGACAGUUACUUCAAGGGACAUUCAAGAGAUCGUCUCCAAAUUAUCUUCCGAUAAAGCAAAAAUUCGCGAAGAGGGAAUGAAAUUGCUGAAUACAUGGUUAGAAGGUGAACGAUCGAUUAAUUUCUGUAAAUUUCUCAGUCGUAAAACUGCAAUGCUUAAACCUGAUGAAAUUCCUGGCGCUGAAACUUGGCCAUUUAUUGUUACUUUGCUGAUUGAUUGUACAAACAAGGAGAUAUCGGCGAGUAAGAGGCGGUUGCCGAAGUUGACGUAUGCUAAAACUCUUCGGAUUUUAGUGCAACGGGCCCAGGAUAGUAAGGGUCAUGGCAAUAGUCUUCCACUUAUUGCGAUCGUGAAGUCUCUAUAUAAUCACAUUUGGGAUGUCAUAAAAGAUGUUCCAAGUUUUCACUCUGAAUACUCUAUCAUCUUGCGCCAUAUUCUGGCAAUCCAAGAUUAUUGUUUUCACAUGCGGAAGCGCGUCUAUUCUGGGCUUGUGAGUUUAUAUAUGGAAAAAGCUGAACCAAGUGUUGUGGAGGAGGAUUCUUGUCCCUUGAAUCAUCCCAAAGAGGAGGUCUUCCGCUAUAUCUUGACUCUACAUUCUCUGAUUGAGAAUCCUCCUGGGGAUUUUCCUGAUGAUUUAAGAGAAAAAGUAGUCGAGUUCUUCAUUGAGAUAUUUAAAUCUAUGAGGGAAGUUGGGAGGAUUUCCCGUAAGCUAUUUGAGUGUCUUAAUACGUACUUGUUGAAGGAUGGCCCAAAUCUGGGUCUUCGGUCCUUCGAUGUUCAUAAAUCUGUGAAGCGGUUUGUAUUUGACAAUUGGCAAAUUGCUGAUCGUGAUCUCAAGGAUAAUUUUAUUUUGUAUAUGAAGUUACAGUUACAUCUGAUAAGAGUGAAUGAAGAUGAAGAUAAAGAUAAAGAUGGCGUCCUUUUAGUAGAACAACUUUUAGAGAUACUUAGUAAGGAGCUAGAUCAAGGUAGUAUUCCCAGCACUUCUGCAUCAAGGUCUGACACAUCAAAAGAUGAAAAGUUCGGGAUUUUGGCAAGUUCUCAUCGUAGUCUAUUGGAGCUAACGACACUUGUUUUCUAUCGAGCAUGUAUUGGUUUAAAUAAAAGGCCAGUAGCUGAAAAACGACCGAGGAGGGAGAAUGCUGUAGUCUACUUGAACGAACAGUUAACAAGAGGAAAAUGGUUAUGGCAUGCUGUCUUUUGUCAUCUUUGCUAUAGCCACCAAACACGCUUAUCUAAGGAUCUGUUUGCAUACUGGUUUGAUGGCAUAUGCUCCAGUUUGGAGAGAAUCUUGUCUGAUGCUGUUGUGGAGCAUGCUUAUGACGGUUUGCUUUGGACAUUGCGGAGCCUACAUCAACUCUUUUUGCUACUUUUACCCUUGGUGUCUACAGAGAAGGGCGUGCUGAAGUCAUCCUCAAUCUCAACCAAGAUUACUCGUGGUUGGCAAACAGUUUGGAGCUGCCUUGUCCAUGGAUUCCCUAAAUUUAGCUAUAUCUCCUCCGUUGCAGAUGCUGCUUUUGGACUGCUUGGGGAUAUGGUCUCCCAUGACAUACUGAAUAUGACAGAAGUACCUCAGGAUAUUUGGGACCUUCAAUGUUUCAGAUGUAUCUCAUCUCCGUCUGCUCUGUACUUCAUUUCCUGUUAUUUCUCCAGAAAAGGCUCUCAAGGUGACCUACGUGACAACUUAUAUCUCAGACAAAAUAUUCUGAGAGGAGUUAUGAGUAUUAUCAACACAAGGGAGACUCUCAUGUUGGAUGAGCAAGUGGUUAUAUUGUUGCCAGCAGCCAUUUAUGCGAUCUGUGUGGGAGUUUCUUUCAUUAAGGACCGUUUUGGAGGUUCUAGAUAUAAUUGCAAUGUAGACGCUUCUGGAAAUGCAGCUGACUGGCUUAGCGUAACUUAUGGGGAUCAACAAAUUCACAAGGAAUCUGAUGAAGAUUUUGAUUGUUUUGUCAAUGUCCUUGCCGAAAUAAAUAUUGAUUACCAAGACAAGGCAUUACUAUCAUGCAACUCCCGAGGCGUUCGUCUCCCGCGGCAGCUGAGAGAUCCAUUGUUGAAUGAAAUGGAGAACUGCAUUCUUCAUGUUCUGGUGUCUUUGAAGACAGAGAAGAGCCUGUCUGACAUCUUUCUUCGGUGUUCACUCUUGUCUAAUUUCCUUUAUGGUUCCUUUUUGACAAGGCUAAAAGACGAGACAUCACCUUUCCAUGCGAAGCUUGGCAACUGUUUGUCAGAUCUAGUUGAAUCUGCUGUUUCAAUAGUUCAAGGAUUAGUAAUGGAAUUCAAAUGUAAUGGUUUUUGGAGCACAAACCUCAUAUUUGAAGGAACUCACUCGGUUGUUGCCUGCUUCGAGAGCUUUGUCACCUGCUUAAUUUUCACCAAUGGUGGAAAAGAAGAUAUAGUUGAUCCUGUAGUGCACAGUUCAAUUGUUCUGUGUAUCGAGAGGCUUUUGAAGGCCUUUUCUAGUCUAUACGUAGAAUUUUCUAAUUGUGAUAGAAACCUACAAAGUGAGACCGCCUCCUCUCAGGCUUCUGUUUCUAGCUCCCCAGCUGAUAAGCCAUUGGGUGGAAGCAAAAGCAGGUUAAUAGACAUGGAGUUGGAUGUGGCUGAUGAAUCUAUUGAUGCUAUUGGUGGGGCAACUGGGGCUGGGACUUUUGUUGCUGGCUCAAGGUUUAAAGUGGACAUGUUAUCACUUAUUGCGUGUGGCUUCUCAGUUUUGCCUGUGGCUACAUGGGAUAUACUUUUUGACUUUCUAAGUACUGAAAGCGAUUUCAAGAUAUGUGAAAAGAUUCUGUACAGCCUUUGCAAAAAUCCUCACUGGUCUUCUUUUGUGAAGCUGACUAAUCUGAUUGCUUUGGUAGAUGAAAUAAUUGAGCUGAAAGUGAGUCUGAGGCUUCACUGCUUUGAUGUCCUUACUACGAUUUGUUGCUUGUUAGCAACCUUGUUAUCCUUGCAUUCUGAGAAAGAUGAAACUAGAUUUCUGUCUGCGGAGGAAAGAAAUGAUGAGAAGAACUUAAUGCCCAUUGGAGACAUGUUAAACAAAGUUGCCGAGUCUAACUUACUUGAUUGGCGCGGACGUCGGAAGUUGGUAGAUUGCAUUUGUGAUUUUAUUUGUCUAAAUCCUCUGAUUGGCCAGACAAUGAUCCAAAGGCUGUUAAUAUUGUUAAAGGAUCCUGAUUAUCGAGUUAGGUUCAUCCUGGCUAGACGAAUCGGUAUACUUUUCCUCACAUGGGAUGGUCAUGAUGUGCUUUUUCAUGAUAUCUGCUCCAACUUUGGGCCGAAAUUGAUAAUGUGCUCAAAAGAAAAAGUUGUUACUAUAAAGGAGGUUCAGCUUGCUGCUUAUUGCUCUCAUCCAAUUAUGGAAACAAUUGUCAUUACUCUCAUGCAUAUUGCCUUCCAUAGCGAGAAGUUGGAAUCAGAGGCGGUUUUUAUGAUAUGUGCCAUUUCUGCAAGUGGUGGUUGUCAAAGGGAAUUGGUAAAAACAGUGUUAGACAAUCUUGCGAGCCGGCUGCAUUAUUCAGGUCGGUCAAAGUACCUGGAAGAACUUAUGGGUCCAAUCCUAUUUAGUUGGGUUGCCUGUGGCGUGAGCUUAUUUGCAUUUGUCCAGAUAAUGGAUCUCUUUGUUUUAGAUGUUGAGCAAAAUCAUUUUCUGCUUUAUUGUUGUCAAUGGCUUCUACCUGCCCUUAUCUUGCAUGGUGAUAGCUCCAAUCUUCAAUGUUUAGCUGAGCUUACCCGGCAAUCUGUACCUGUUCUAGUUAGAAGUCACAUUGUCCCAGUCUUUUCUAUCUGUAUGGUGCUGUAUUGUAGCAAGAUGACUGGCUGGGAAAAGGGAUCAGCUGCUCUUCAGAGCAGAAUUCUACACUUUGCUGAGAUUUCUGAGGAUGAGAGGGACAUGCUUAUAAAGAAACACAUGGUUUCUAUUGUCUGCCAAGUCCUCAGUCUUGCCUCUUCUGCAUCAGACACUAAGGUUCCUUAUUUUUCCAGAGAAAUUGUUGAACUUGCAGUCCGGACAGUAGUUGAUGGUUUCAUGGAGCUUGACAAUUAUUCUUCAAUUGAGGGUGUCGUCGACAAGAUCAAUGUUUUUCGUCCUGAUAGAGUGUUCAUGCUUUUGGUAGAGUUGCAUUACAAAGUAGCUGCUGCAGUUAAUGAAAGGCAUAGGUCACACCGCUUAGCUGGAAUUGAGGUGCUCAUUAGCAUCCUUGGCCAUAGAGUAGCAGUUCCAAGCACUUCUUGUUACUUGUUCAACUUGGUUGGUCAAUUUAUAAGUUCUCCGGCUUUACAAGAUCAAUGUUGUCGAAUGAUCUCCAUUUUGCUCAAAAUGUUUAAGACUAACCCUUCCAGAGAGACUACUCACGUUCUUGGUGAACAGCUUCAGUUUCUGGUGUCAAAAUUGGUUGCCUGUUGCAUACCCUUGGGGUCCAAUUCAGAAAAUUCAUGUACUCCUUCAUCCCAAGUUUUGUCAUUGCUUCACCUCCUGACUGUGGAUUCUGAUCCAAAUCUGUAUGAUUACAUCAGAGAAUUUGAACCGUUUCCUGAGCUGGAGAUGUUUGACAAGAUAAGAAAAUUCCAUUUCGAAUUAUGCGAAGGUUACUCACCAAGAGACCACUUUUUAAAGUUUGUGAAGAAAUCAUGCCACCUCCCACCAAGAUUACUUCUAUGGAGUCUCCAAGCAUUUCACAGGAAGUUACUUGGUGGGGAGGGUUUUCAUGUUGCGGGGGGUACUGGCAGCUAUGCUACGGGUAGUUGCUGGCAAUCUGACCUGGAGAUUGUACAAGCUGUCUGGUCACUUGUCCGAAUAUGUGGUUCACAGGAUGCAGAUGCUCGUGCAUUGGUGUCUGAUCUCAUUUCCAAGGUUGGAAUUGGGGAUCCACGCUCAGUGGUUUUCCAUCUACCUGGUAAUUCAGUCCAUAUACAUGUUUGCCGAGCAUCUAAUGGGAAUUUUGUGUCUGAAAUGAAUAUUGGGUUGGAUACUGUCACAUCUGAAGAACUGCUAAUAACCCUCAUAAGGAAUUUGAAGAAAUAUUUGAUGGAUGAUUCAGUUGAAAUAAUUGAUUUAUCAUCUAGAACUCUCCGUGGAAUUCUUUCGACAGAAAGAGGCAGUAGGAUUUUAGAAUCAUUUGAUUCUUUUGAGAGAUCUGUUAUUGAGGUUCAUUCGAAGGGAGUCAACAUGCAGCUGGUAGAGAAAAUUUUACUGGAUCUGCAAAAGAAGUCUACUGCUGAAGCAAAAUUCUUAGAGGAGUCAUCACUAUGGACUACCUGCGACAAAACAUUUGAAUCUUGGAUAUGUCCUCUUGUUUACUCGUUGAUUGGUUACUGCAGUGAUGUCACUCUGAGGUUAUGUCAAGAUAUUGUGUUGCUGAAGGCUGAAGUUGCUGAACUCCUGCUGCCAAGUAUUAUAAUCAAUCUUGCUGGAAGAAAAGAUCUGGCCUUUGAUUUCGGCAAACUUAUCUCUGUCAAGGUAGAGCAGCAUGUACUUUUAGAGACGAAUAAGCUGACCAAGUCCAUUCAGGUGAUGCUGAAUGUACUGAAUGAACUACGACUGUGUCAUGUGAUGGAAAGAGCUGGUACGGGUUCAAUGCCAAAUAAACAGGAAAAUCUAAAGGCUUCUCGUUCUUCUGGGCAAAGCGGGAAAUCGCGGGCAGCUUCGAAGGCCCGAGUGUUGGCAACAACGGAGAGUGCAGCAUUAAUCUCCACUACUCUAUGGGACAAGGUCUAUUGGCUUGACAUUGAUUACCUCACUGCAGCGAAGUCGGCAAUUUUCUGUGGGUCAUAUUUUACUGCUAUGCUGUAUGUUGAGCACUGGUGUGAAGACCAUUUUAAUAACCUUACACUUGGGAAGCCUGACUUUUCCCAUGUUGAAAUGUUGCCCGAUCAUAUUGAAUUACUGCUUUCAGCUCUUACACGGAUAAAUGAGCCUGACAGCUUAUAUGGGAUUAUUCAAUCCCACAAGCUGACCUCUCAAAUUCUGACCUUUGAACAUGAGGGUAACUGGAGCAAGGCUCUAGAAUAUUAUGAUUUACAAGUGAGGCUAGAGACAUUGGAGAAUUCUCAAAAUUACGCUUCUCAUGAUAGCAGCCGAGCCUUUUCUCGUGCCUCCACCUCGGAAUCAGAACUUGGAGUGAAACAAAGAAAACCAUACAAAGGGGUUAUUAGAUCUCUGCAGCAAAUUGGAUGUGCUCAUAUCCUUGGUCUAUAUUGUGAAGGAUUGGCUUCUCGUAGAGGGGAGUUCCAACAUGAUCUGGAGUUUGUGGAAUUGCAGUAUGAGGCUGCUUGGCGUUCUGGGAACUGGGACUUCUCUAUGUUCAACAUAGGAGACGCUUCUAUGGCUUUGAACCAGACUACUAGAACUGAUCGUUUCAAUCAAAACCUGCAUAGUUGUUUGAGGGCAUUGCAAGAAGGAGAUUCCAGUGAAUAUUAUAAAGAACUGAAGGAUUCCAAGCAGGAGCUUGUGUUGUCGCUCUAUCAUACAAGUGAGGAGAGCACAGAGUACAUUUACUCAACCAUAGUUAAACUACAGACCCUUGAUCAUCUGGGUAUGACAUGGGACAUGCGAUGGAGAUCAUUGUGUAAAGGUACAAAUUCCUGGGCAGAGAAGCGUAAUGUGUUUUCUGAACCCGCUAUUCCAGCCUUGGAUGAGUUAUCAAGUUUGAAUACACAAUGGAAUAACAUUGUGAAGCAGACACAACUACACAUGAAUUUAUUAGAGCCAUUCGUGGCGUUCAGGAAAGUCCUGCUCCAAAUUUUAGGUUGUAAGGAUUGUACAGUUCAACAUCUUUUGCAGUCAUCAUCCAUUCUCCGCAAGGGCUCUAUGUUCUCUCAAGCUGCUGGAUGUUUACAUGAGUUCAAGUUCAUGUGCAUGCAGUUCGGUGGUCAAAAUACAAGCUUAUACUGGUGUGGCAGGCUUGAAGAGGCCAAGCUUCUGCGAGCACAAGGUCGGCAAGAGAUGGCUAUCAACCUUGCAAAAUAUAUUGCAGAUGAGAACCAAUCAAGUGAAGAAGCAUCAGAAGUACAUCGUUUGGUUGGAAAGUGGCUUGCAGAAACGCGAUCUAGCAACUCAAGGACAAUAUUGGAAAAGUACUUGAAGCGUGCAGUGACAUUUGCUGAGGAUCUUAAAGCUGUCAACAGAAAAUCUUUGGACAGAAAGUGUCAAACACGUUUCCAUCUUGCACAUUAUGCAGAUGCACUAUUUAGAAGUCAUGAAGACAGGCUAAAUUCUAGUGAAUGGCAAGCUGCUUUGCGUUUGAGGAAACACAAGAAAAUGGAAUUGGAAGCUCUCAUUAAGAGAUUCAGGAGUUCAACAAAGGGAGAGAAAACAGACUAUUCGCUAAAAAUACAGGAGUUGCAAAGGCAACUUGCUUUGGAUACUGAGGUUGCCGAAAAAUUACAGGAUGACAGAGACAAUUUUUUAAACCUUGCACUGGAGGGAUAUAAACAUUGUCUGGUAUUAGGGGAGAAAUACGAUGUGAGAGUGGUAUUUCGACUUGUUUCAAUCUGGUUUGGGCUCUCUUCCAGGCAAAAUGUUAUCAAGGCUAUGGUUAACACUGUCAAAGAGGUCCAGUCAUACAAGUUUAUACCGCUUGUCUACCAGAUUGCAUCUAGGAUGGGCAGCACAAAAGAGGUUCAAGGUCCCCAUAGCUUCCAGUUUGCGUUGACUUCACUUUUGAAGAAAAUGGCCAUUGAACACCCAUAUCACACCAUUCUACAGCUUCUGGCUCUUGCAAAUGGUGAUCGAAUAAAGGAUAAACAACGUAGUAGAAAUUCAUAUGUGGUUGAUAUAGAUAAAAAGCUUGCAGCAGAAAAUCUUUUGGAGGAGUUACAAUCACAUCAUGGGAGCAUCAUCAAGCAGAUGAAACAACUGGUGGAGAUCUAUAUUAGACUCGCGGAGUUGGAGACAAAGAGAGAGGAUACCAACAAGAAAGUUAACCUUCCAAGAGAUAUUCGAAGUGUUCGGGAACUCGAACUUGUACCAGUAUUGACAUCUAAUUUCGCUGUUGAUCGUAGCUGUCAAUAUCGUGCAGGGACGUUUCCUCACUUCAAAGGAUUGGGUGAUUCAGUUGUAGUGAUGAAUGGUAUCAAUGCUCCAAAAGUGGUUGAGUGCUUUGGGUCUGAUGGUAAAACAUAUAGGCAAUUGGCAAAAUCUGGAAAUGAUGAUCUGAGACAAGAUGCGGUUAUGGAGCAAUUUUUUGGCUUGGUGAACACAUUUUUACAUAAUAAUCCAGACACCUGGAAAAGGAAGUUAGGAGUACGCACAUAUAAGGUUGUGCCUUUUACUCCUAGUGCUGGUAUUAUUGAGUGGGUAGAUGGUACACUUCCCUUGGGUGAAUAUCUUAUAGGCAGUUCGCGUUGUGGAGGAGCACAUGGGCGUUAUGGUGCAGGAGAUUGGGCAUUUUCUAAAUGCCGGGAGCACAUGAUGAGUGUGAAAGACAAGCGCAAAGCAUUUCAGGAAGUCUAUGAAAAUUUUAGGCCUGUCAUGCAUAAUUUCUUCCUCGAAAGAUUUUUGCAGCCAGCUGAUUGGUUCGAGAAGAGAUUGGCUUAUACUCGAAGUGUUGCAGCCAGCUCAAUGGUAGGGUACAUUGUUGGACUGGGAGAUCGACACUCCAUGAACAUUUUGAUUGAUCAGGCUACUGCAGAAGUUGUUCAUAUUGAUCUUGGUGUAGCUUUUGAACAGGGAUUGAUGCUUAAAACACCAGAGCGGGUACCAUUCAGGCUAACACGAGACAUCAUAGACGGGAUGGGCGUCACCGGGGUCGAAGGUGUUUUUAGAAGAUGUUGUGAGGAAACACUCGCUGUGAUGCGAACUAAUAAAGAAGCUCUCCUGACUAUUAUUGAAGUUUUUAUUCAUGAUCCUCUUUAUAAAUGGGCUCUAUCUCCGCUGAAGGCAUUACAAAGGCAAAAGGAGACAGAUGAUGAUCUAGAGACCAGCUGGGAGGACUCGCAAGAUGAACAUGAAGGGAAUAAGGACGCUGCACGUGCACUGAUGCGUGUUAAACAGAAACUAGAUGGAUAUGAGGAUGGUGAAAUGAGAAGUGUGCAUGGACAGGUUCAACAGCUGAUCCAAGACGCGAUUGACCCAGAGAGGCUAUGUAACAUGUUCCCUGGAUGGGGUGCAUGGAUGUAAAGAAACAGGGUCACCCUAAAAAGUUCGCUGUAUAUCUGGUCUUGUUCCCCAACCUUCUCUCCAUGUAAUCCUUUUCCUAUGUAUUUUUUGUAGUGCAAAUGCGCCAUGUACAUAUAUGUAUACCAAGGUGCUGCUUUGCGAGUUAGAGAAUUGUACAGUGAGGUUCAUUCUAUUUUUGAGGGAGAAAUCUUGCAUUUUGAGAUGUAAAUGAAUCUUAUAGUAAUCAGAAGAAAAGUUUCUUCAA